AUAUUGCUAAAUGCCUCCUGUGUGUCAGGCACUCUGCCAAGUGUGUCAUCAUGCAGUUCCCAGUCUAGUGGGAAGAGAGGCAAGUAAAUCAUCACAGUAUUCAGUAAGUGUAAACCACAGGGUUCUCUGCAGCAUACUACAUAAUCUGGGUUGAGAAGGGAGAAAUGUUGAUUCAUAAAAGACUUCCUACAGUCUGUGACACGUGGCUGAACUUUGAAGGAUAAGUAGACAUUACCUAGAAGGGAGAGGAAAAGAUGGAAAGGCAAGCCAGGCAGGAUGUUUAAAUGCUUAGGGGAAUAAAUGAGCAUCAUGUAUUUAAGAAACUUUAACUCACAUAAUAUAAUCAAAGCCCAGAGGUUUCUGUGAGAGAUAAGUUUAGAAUAGUGGAUAGGAAGUGAAUCAUGAAGGGCCUUGUGUCCCAUGCUAAGGAAUUAAGGAUUUGACCAGAAUGCAGUGAGAAGCAGUUGUGAUUUGCAGACUAAGUGUCACUGCUAAUCAUGGAGAAGUUCUACUUUUGACCAAGCAACAGCGUAAAUGCCCCACAUGCCCCUUCUACCAGAUAGUGGUAGAGAGAAAUAAAGUGGGAAAACUCUUGGAAAGCUUACUCAGAAAUCUGGCAAGAGAGCUGUUGAGAAUCCCCAGUCAUUUGUAGACACUAACUUAUAAGAUAUGUAAAUAGCACCAGGAAAACUUGUAUAUUUGUGUGGCAAAGGAAAUUAUAAAAUAUAAAAAAAUAAAAAAUGGAAAGGAAAUUAUAAAAUAUUAGUGUAGAGGAAGACCUUUGACAUUAUCUGACCUGUGUCCUAAUUCCUGUUGAGGAGGAAACUAAGUCUCAGAGUUUGUGACUGGCCUAUAUUACUAGAGAUAAAUUAAGGAUAAAAAUAAGGCUUAAAACCCAAGCUUUGGACACUCUGUCCAGAGCUUAUUUUUAAACUGCUUUAAUCAUCUCAGUGUUGGUGGUGGCCUAGCAUUAUCUUCAUUAUUUGCUCCCCUUCCCCUUAAGACCUUUUUGCCCUGCCCCCUCAGAAUUAGAUUCAGUGUUGUUAAACUAUGACUUUUUUGGCCUUGAACACUUUAAUUAAGUUCUAUUUUAUCUGCAGCAUUCUAGCAUCUACACUUAUUUGUAUAUUUGGUCUUUUCAAAAACUUUUAUUCAUGAAAUUUCAAAACACACAGGUAGAAAAACUAAAUGUAUUAAAAUUAAAAACUAAAAACUCCCAUGUAUUAACAUUAACAAUCAUCAACAGAGAGCCAGUUUCAUCUUUACCACAUCUUCCACACCCGACUCAUGUUGUAGUCUGCUUUUGAGAGCGUAAACCAGGGAAGAGGCCCCUUCCAGCCCUAGAAGUAAGCCACACAUAUUGCUUUCUUUAGUAACUAACACAAGCUAAGCAGCAUGAUACAUCCAGAUACUGGGAAACUCUGAAAUUGCAAAAAACAAAACAAAACAAAAAAAUAUAUAUAGUAUAUAAUGAUAUGGAAAAACUUUGUAAGAUCUACAGUGAAGUGGAAAAUACAGAGGUGCAGAGAAGUACAUAUUACAGGUUAUCUUUUUUAGUGGGGAGAAAAAGAAUGGGAGGAAGAAGGCAGCAAAGUAAGGCAUACUGAACAGAUAAAUAAAAAACAAUAGCGCUUACUUAUGGGGUGAAACCAGGCCCAUGGAGAGCAAGGAAAGGGUGACACUUGAUGCUACAUAUCUUUUUAUCCAUUUUAGGUUUUAAACCACGUGAAUAUAUUCCCUUCUCAAGAAAUUUUUUGGUGUAGAAUUUGUUACCAUUUUUAAGUGAUUUUUAAAAUUAUAUGAUUCUGAAUGAUGCAAACAAUAAAUAAACGACUUCUGUUUUCCUUUCUCUCACCUUUUGAAUUGGAAUAAAAAGACCAGUAUGUGACAAAGAAGAAACUGGUUACGGAGCAUAAAGACACAGAGGAUUUUAGACAAGACUUCCACUCAGAGAUGUCUGGAUUUUGUACAGCUGCUCUGAACACUUCUGCAGGGAACUCAAAUCCUUAUCUUCCAUAUUCCUGUGAAUUGCCUUUAUGUUAUUUCUCCUCAAAAUGUAUGUGUUCAUCUGGGAAGCAUGUAGACAGAGCAUUAAAUUCCUCUAAGGAUGGUAGAAACCAUGAUAAAACAAUGGAGCAUUAUAACCACAAUGACUCUUUGCAGAAAACACAGAUAAACCCUUUUAAAAACUCAAUGGACUGCCCUGGUACACGAAAGGCUAUUAUUCCUUCAGAGGCAGUUGACAGAUUUAUGCCUAGGACAACACAACUGCAGGAGCGCAAAAGAAGACGAGAAGAUGAUCGUAAACUUGGAACUUUUCUUGAAACAAACCCAAGUAGUAACGAGGUUAUGAUUGGACCUCUGUUACCAGACAUAUCUAAAGUGGAUAUGCAUGAUGACUCACUGAAUACAACAGCAAAUUUAAUUCGGAAUAAACUUAAAGAGGUAAUUUCAUCUGUGCCAAAGCUUCCGGAGGACAAGUCAGAAGAUGUGCAUACAAGUCAUCCACUAAAACAAAGAAGAAGAAUAUAGAGUACCAGCAGCAAAUUAGUAUUUUCUGGAAAGAGCAUUUAUUUUUUAUCUUUAGCCUGUUAUUUUAGUUCAUCAAGAGAUUUUACUGCUGGUAUUUUUUAAUGCACUCUUCUUUGUAAUUUCAUUCAAGCUAUUUGUCUAAAGUCAUUUCUUCUUUUUUUGAUCCAUAUUUAAUGUUGCAAACUAUUCUUGUCAUUAUAACAUUGCCUCUCAUAUGCAGUAAUUAUAUGUAAAUUAAUUGAAGCAAAUGGAAACUUUACAAUAUAAAUAAAGAUAGGCAACCAGGAUCUGUUUCUGAUUAUAAUACAAUUAUUGAAUGAGUCAUUGAAAUACUAGAAGUCAGGAUGUUUCCGAAUGCCAGGGUUUCAAAAUCAAGACAAUUCUGUGAAGUAAAAAGUAGAUUAACUAUUAGAACAAAGCUGAAAUUAGAAGCUUACAUGCUUUAGUUAACUUUUAAGAAUUUGCUUGACCUGUGGCAAUACAAAAAUAAAUCAGUAUUUGUGAAUUCUAGACUUCUGUUA